CGGGCGGCGCUGUCAGGGCCGCGGCUCCCGGCUCCCGGCCGCGCUCGGCGGGACGAGUCAGGCAGUGAUUUGCGGCGCCGCUUCACCUUCGGCCAUGGCCGGGAGAGCCUAGCGGGGCCCGGACGCCGCCCCCCGGCUCCCGCCCCGCCUCCCAGCCUCGGCGCCGCAUCCCGCCGGCCUCGCCGCCCGGCCCGCGCCGGGCAACCGCCCUCGCCCGGAGCCCUCCCUCGCCUCGGCCCGCGUCCCCCGGCGGCGGCGCCGCGGGAAGCGGCUCCCCCUCCCCUUCCUUGGCGUCCUCUCCCCCUCGCUCCCCCGCCGGGGCCGCUUGUUGGACCGCCCGCGGCCUGCGGGAGCCGCUCGCCCCGGCCCGGCCCGGCCCCGGCCCCGGCCUCGCACCCGCGGCCGCAGCCCCUGCCGCUCGGCCCCGGGGCCCGCAGCCCGGCCCGGCCCGCGAGACCCCGGCCCGACCCCGCCGCCCGCACAAAAUGUCGGCCCGGACGCCAUUGCCGACGGUGAACGAGCGGGACACGGAGAACAAUACAUCUGUGGAUGGAUAUACUGAACCCCAUAUCCAGCCAACCAAAUCAAGUAGCAGACAGAACAUCCCUCGGUGUAGAAACUCCAUUACGUCAGCAACAGAUGAACAGCCUCAUAUUGGAAAUUACCGUUUACAAAAAACAAUAGGGAAGGGAAAUUUUGCCAAAGUGAAAUUGGCAAGACAUGUUCUUACUGGUAGAGAGGUUGCUGUGAAAAUAAUAGACAAAACUCAGCUAAAUCCUACCAGUCUACAAAAGUUGUUUCGAGAAGUACGAAUAAUGAAGAUAUUGAAUCACCCUAACAUAGUAAAAUUGUUUGAAGUUAUUGAAACAGAGAAGACCCUCUAUUUAGUCAUGGAAUACGCGAGUGGGGGUGAAGUAUUUGAUUACUUAGUUGCCCAUGGAAGAAUGAAAGAAAAAGAGGCCCGUGCAAAAUUUAGGCAGAUUGUAUCUGCUGUGCAGUAUUGUCAUCAAAAGUGCAUUGUUCACCGUGAUCUUAAGGCUGAAAACCUUCUCCUUGAUGCUGAUAUGAAUAUUAAAAUUGCUGACUUUGGUUUUAGUAAUGAAUUUACAGUCGGGAACAAGCUGGACACAUUUUGUGGAAGCCCACCCUACGCCGCCCCUGAGCUCUUCCAAGGGAAGAAGUACGAUGGGCCCGAAGUGGACGUGUGGAGUCUCGGCGUCAUUCUCUACACGUUAGUCAGUGGCUCCUUGCCUUUUGACGGCCAGAAUUUAAAGGAACUGCGGGAGCGAGUCUUACGAGGGAAGUACCGUAUUCCCUUCUAUAUGUCCACCGACUGUGAGAACCUUCUGAAGAAAUUAUUAGUGCUGAAUCCAAUCAAGAGAGGCAGCUUGGAACAAAUAAUGAAAGAUCGAUGGAUGAAUGUUGGUCAUGAAGAAGAAGAACUAAAGCCGUAUGCUGAGCCUGAACCAGAUUUCAAUGAUGCAAAAAGGAUAGACAUCAUGAUCACCAUGGGUUUUGCACGAGAUGAGAUAAAUGACGCCUUGAUAAAUCAGAAAUAUGAUGAAGUCAUGGCUACUUAUAUUCUUCUAGGUAGAAAACCACCUGAAUUCGAAGGUGGUGAAUCGUUAUCCAGUGGAAACUUGUGUCAGAGGUCACGGCCCAGCAGCGACUUAAACAACAGCACUCUGCAGUCCCCUGCUCACCUGAAGGUCCAGCGGAGCAUCUCAGCAAAUCAGAAGCAACGACGCUUUAGUGAUCAUGCUGGUCCAUCCAUACCCCCUGCCGUAUCAUAUACCAAAAGGCCUCAGGCUAACAGCGUGGAAAGUGAACAGAAAGAGGAGUGGGACAAAGAUGUGGCUCGUAAACUUGGCAGCACAACAGUUGGAUCGAAAAGUGAGAUGACUGCAAGCCCUCUAGUAGGGCCAGAAAGGAAAAAGUCUUCAACUAUUCCAAGUAACAAUGUUUAUCCUGGAGGUAGCAUGGCAAGAAGGAAUACGUAUGUCUGUGAAAGAACCACAGAUCGAUACACAGCAUUGCAGAACGGAAAAGACAGCAGUGCUCGGUCUUCUCAACGGUCUCAUGUGGGAAGCCUUACCGAGAUGUCCGUGAGCAGCGUGUCCUCCGCAGGCGCCGCCGUGGCUGCUGCCGUCCCAUCCGCGCGACCCCGCCACCAGAAGUCCAUGUCUGCUUCUGGGCAUCCUAUUAAAGUUACACUGCCGACCAUCAAAGACAGCUCCGAAGCGUACAGGCCCGGUCCCACCCAGCGAGUGCCUGCUGCUUCCCCGUCCGCUCACAGUAUUAGCGCCACCACCCCCGACCGAACCCGCUUCCCCCGGGGCAGCUCCAGCCGCAGCACUUUCCACGGGGAGCAGCUCCGCGAGCGCCGCAGCGCUGCCUACAACGGGCCGCCCGCCUCCCCCUCCCAUGAACCGGGGGCAUUUGCGCACGCCCGGAGGGGCACGUCCACUGGUAUAAUAAGCAAAAUAACGUCCAAAUUCGUCCGCAGGGAUCCAAGUGAAGGCGAAGCCAGUGGCAGAGCCGACACCUCCAGAAGCACAACAGGGGAACCAAAAGAGAGAGACAAGGAGGAGGGUAAAGAUUCCAAGCCCCGUUCCCUGCGGUUCACGUGGAGCAUGAAGACCACUAGUUCAAUGGACCCCAAUGACAUGAUGAGAGAAAUCCGGAAAGUGUUAGAUGCAAAUAACUGUGAUUAUGAACAGAAAGAGAGGUUUUUGCUUUUCUGUGUCCACGGAGAUGCCAGGCAGGAUAGCCUCGUGCAGUGGGAGAUGGAAGUCUGCAAGUUGCCACGGCUGUCCCUCAAUGGGGUCCGCUUCAAGCGAAUAUCUGGGACAUCUAUUGCCUUUAAGAACAUUGCAUCUAAAAUAGCAAAUGAGCUUAAGCUGUAAAGAAACUCAGAUCUACAGGAUCAGGGAAGAUACAUCCAUAUGUGAGGUACGGUUUUUGAAUGUACUGGUAAUGCCUAAUGUGAUUGGCCCGUGAAUCUCCCCAUGUAGAAUUUGCCCUUAUUGCAAUAAGGUUAUACAUAGUUAUGAACUGUAAAAUUAAAGUCAGUAUGAACUAUAAUAAAUAUCUGUAGCUAAAAAAAGUAGGUUCACAUGUACAGGUAAGUAUAUUGUGUAUUUCUGUUCAUUUUCUGUUUAUAGAGUUGUAUAAUAAAACAGAUGAUUGCUUA